UGCAGAUGAUGUUCAAGACGGCACGUUUUAACAUGACCUACAUUGGGGACUUCCAGACCAAAAUCCUUGAGCUCCCGUAUGUGGGUAAUGAACUGAGCAUGAUCAUCCUGCUCCCUGAUUCAAUCCAGGAUGGAUCCACAGGCUUGGAAAAACUGGAAAGAGAACUCACAUAUGAGAAGCUAAUAGAUUGGAUCAAUCCAGAAAUGAUGGACUCUACAAAGGUGCGGGUGUCUUUACCCAGAUUUAAACUGGAAGAAAAUUAUGAUCUGAAACCCCUUCUGAGGAGCAUGGGAAUGCUGGAUGCAUUUGAUUCAGGGAAGGCAGACUUUUCAGGAAUUUCAUCUGGCAAUGAGCUGGUGCUCUCUGAAGUGGUUCACAAGUCCUUUGUGGAAGUCAAUGAAGAAGGCACUGAAGCAGCUGCUGCCACAGCUGCAGUGAUGAUGAUGCGCUGUGCAAUGAGAGUUCCGGAAUUCACUGCAGAUCAUCCCUUCCUCUUCUUCAUCCGGCACAACAAAACUCGCAGCAUUUUGUUUUGUGGCAGAUUUUGCUGUCCCUAAGGAGGAGGUGUCUUGGCAGCAUUGCACUUACUGUGCCAUGACACAAUAAAUUUACAUUUCCCUGGAACAAGAUGACUCCUUUUGCACUAAUUGUCUCUUUCAGCUGUGCCUGAGCCCUCUUUUGUGGCCUUGAUCUUGGGCUUGGCAGGAGUAACAGAGCUGCUUAGACAAGCGCAGCACCUGCCAUGGCCAACCCCUCCUGUGCCUGGCUGCAGAGAUCUCCAGGUUCUUGCUGACACAAGAACCAUCCCACUUGCUCUGUGGGUGCUUCUUCUGUGCUUGACCCAACUUUGGGUGUCCAGCAGGCAGAGUCAGAGCCCGUGGGAGAGAAGAAGUUCCUCUUGCUUGUGGCAAGGCUGGAGCACAUUUUUAGUUGUCCUCCCCUUUUACCUUCUAGUCUCAUCCCUUUAGUGCCUGGAUCCAUUGCCUGGAGCUGAAGGGAUUGUUUGGCAGCCUGUUCCAGGUAUUGCUGAGUAUCCUGCCUAGAUGUGUGUGUUUGGCUAAUAACUGGAGAAGCACUUCGGCAAGAAUGGGAAUGAAAGUUAGCUUUUGUAGAAGAUGUCCCUGAGAGGUUUUUGCAGGGCAAGUAUCCUUGUUUCAUCAGCCCAGGACACCAGCUGUCACCUAGUUCAGGUCCUUUAACAAAGAAUGUAACAUAAUGGUGCAUGGUGCCUAUGCAAUAUUUGAAUGACAAAGCUUUGACUUCAGUUUUUGUUUUUUCGGUAUUGUUACGUAUUUAUCCUGUCACUAUUUUCUUAGGCAGCAGAGUUUAGCUGUCUAAUACCAAAGCCAGAGCUGCAGCUGCUUUCCUUACACUGGGAUGUGCUUGGUGGGUCCUGUUCCUGGAAUAAUAAAAGAAGUGCCAGCGCCG